AUGGACUCGGAGGAAGCACGGGAGAUCCUGUUUAACGUUCGCACUUUUGUGAAAGGCGUCGACAUCCGUAAUGGACGGAAGCUCUCUAGUGAAGAACAUGCACGUUGCGCCCUCCAUCUUCUCCAGACCCUACCAGCUGCCCGCACAGCCGUCCUGGAUUUUCUUUGCCAUGUCUUUGAUGAGAGUGUCAACUUGUACCUGUAUGAGCUGGAAGGAGAAGGGGCAUCAAGCAUGGGACUUCACCUAGAUGAACUGAUAGAAGAUAUCUACAAGGUGCUCAAGAAAUUGAUAGAAGAUAGUCCUACAGCCUGGUCUCCCAUCCUCUCUGCUUGGUCCAUUGCUCUGCUAGGACAGAUCAGUAGUAAUUAUGCCAGUCGCAGAGGUGUACCACAUCCAUCUAACCUCAAUGAGCUUCUACAGCUCUGGAUGACAUGCAAAGCCACAAGAACCAUCAUGGAUCUAGCAACACACUGUAUAGCAGCAAUGAGCUCUUCCUGCCCAGAUCCAUGUGUAGAUGCUCUCCUCAACACCUCUGUACAACACUCACCUCAUUUUGAUUGGGUUGUAGCACAUAUAGGGUCCUGCUUCCCAACAACAAUCAUCACCCGUGUGCUCUCAUGUGGACUCAAAGACUUUUGCUCUAGCCAAUCAUCUGAGGGACAGCUCAUUGCCACGGAAACCAAGGUUCCAAAGGUUGCAUCGGUGGUUGGUAUCCUUGGUCACCUGACUUCUCAGCAUUCUCAGGACAUCCGUAAAGCCUUGCUCGAUUUGUUCCAGGAAAGCCUAGAUGGUAAGAAGGACCACGAUGUCUUCACUGUACCGUUUCUUCUUCAGCUUGCUACCAUGUCACCCAUGCUACUCAAGAUCAUCACCACAGAUUUUGUUCAAGCCUUGACCCCAGAGGUCCUUAACAGAAUCUCUGAGCAGUUCCGUGACUCGACCGUCCUGAAGAGAGACAGGGACAGUCUUCUCACUCUUGUCAUUCAUCUCAUCUGUCGAUCCGGUAACGGAGCAUUUAACCUCCUCCUCUUCCUCCUGGACACAGGCUGUGAUGACCAGAGGUCAACCAAGGUCAAGGAGGGGUCAAAGGUCAAUAAAAUGGUCCAAUACACAUGUGCUCUGGUAUUGGAUCUCCUAUUACUGGAUCUUCAGCGGUCAGCCUACAGCCAGUCUGGUAACCUAUCCCUUCUUGCUAGUCCUCAGAUCAGUCAGGAGAGUGGUAACAUACCCUUUCUCAAUGAGCUUCAGAAGCACACCUCUCUGUUGUGUGAUGACAUAAUAAGCUCACAAGGAAGAAGAGUUGGAUGGUUGCAGCGGAUUCUAUCUCUGAUCUCAGUGCAGUCUGGGGAGUCAUGUGCAUCAGACAUCCUUAGCUUUAUACUCAUCAAUGAAUCUAAUCCAGCAAAGAUCGGUCUAUACAUCAGUAUCCUGACAGAGAUUGAGACCAGUUAUCCUUCAGUGCUCCCUGCCGCCAUCCAGAAAUCAGUCAAUCAACUGCAGAGAACUACCCCAAAGCAGACACUGCAGCUCUUGACCAACCUCAACAAACUGCUGUCCUUCAAGAAUAGCACCCAUUCCAGCAAGAUGACCUCUAACCUUCGCACCCACUUGACCCGUCACCUCCAGAUGAUUGCCAGCCAGCUUCACCAUGGCGACCUGGGCGUGGCUUGUCAGACAGUGGAUCUCUUGAAGCUGAUUGGUCUACCCGAGCUGAUUGACAUGUCGACCUUGCUCUGCUUGUGUCAGUCGUCUGUGGAGUUCUUCUUUGCAGCAAUGCAUAGUGCAGAUACCAUGGAAAGGUUAAAGACCUUGGAAACAUGCAGCAGUUAUUUAACCUUCUUAUGCAGUCAUACCACCGCCCAAUCCAUUGUUCUCAGAUCCUUACUCGUCGGGUCUGUGCAAGUGCAUAACUCGCAACUGUUUGCCAAUGCGAGUAAUCACUCUGCCCAGCACCCUCAGUCCCGCUCACAAUCUUCCAUGAUGGAAUCUUCUCUCGGAUCAGCUUAUCUACUAAAACACAACCAGAAGUUCUCCGGGUCUCUGACAGUCCCUAGAAGUGCAUCUACAGCAUUCCAUUCAGGCAUUAUUGGACAGGGGGCUAGGAAGAAGCUGCCUGGACAAGCUGUGUCAGAUAUUGAAACGAAACAGACCAACUCUCGGCUGCUGGUAGAGGCCAUCUCCUCCUGCGCCCACGUGAGACCACGCCCUGCCCCCCUCAUAAAGGCUGGUAACACCCAUCUGCUCCCCUUGGACCCCAGGGCACAGGGCAUUCAGCAAGCAUCCAGGCAGCCUGUAGCCAGAGCUACAGGGAAGCUCAUGGCAGAGACACUGAUGGAGAUUCUGUGUCCUGAUGUGAGCCAUUCAGAGGAAUACUGGCCAGACGAGGAGAUGAUUAAGCAUACCAUUGAAAGGGAUUUGAGUAUUAAGAAGAGGGUUGAUGAGUAUCCUUUUACGUGGGACGUCCUGGAAAUCAUUUCAAGAGCCAAGCCAGCACUGUGCUACUGCUCUGGUCUAUUGUACAGUGUUAUGGCAACACUCAUCUCUCACUGGGAGUCAUCCCGUGAUGAGACUGCAGGGGAUUCCAAAGGUCAUCUUCUGGUCACCUGUCGUCUUGUCCACUGUAUGAACCUGGCUGGAUUCCUUCCCCCACCCCUGAACCAGUGUCAUCCAAUCUUCAGUGAACUCACUCCUAGAGAGGUCUAUGUCCUUCUCAGUAACAUAUGGGCAUUCCUAACGGAUAACCCACCCAUAGCAGAAGUCUUCAUUGAAACUGAUGAACAAGGCUUACCCUCCAGAGCUUUCCCGCAAGAAUUGGUGUCCAAGUACGCCGAGGUUGUAAGGAGUCUAGUCCAUCGAAGUAUCCAUAAGUUUGGUCAUCUCUACGCCCAUCUCUGUCCUGUUCCAACUCAGAUUUAAAUGUGUACAUAGUACAGCCUUUUUAGCAGGCUCAAUAUACUACUGGUUACAUGCAUUAUGCAAACACAUCGACCAGAAUAAAUAAAGGUGCCUAAAAACGUAUGAGCAUUACCCUGGCUUUUGGCCAAGUUGCUUCACAUGCUGAACACAUUCAAAGCCUGCGUUUAAUAAGGUUUAGUUGAAAUAAUUGAUGUCAAUCAAUUUGACAAGAAAUAAGAACUGCACUAAUACACCAUACCUUUAAAGCAGCCGUUUUAACUAUGCCCGGGUAAUAUCAUUGUUUGCACCUUCGUGGAGUGUAAGCAUACAUUGAUAUCUAAAGAAAUCCCAUAUUUGAUGGGUGUAUGACACAUGCAUUGCGUUCAAUUUCUAAGUUAACCAAACCUAUUCCUAAUGAUGACCCCUGGACUUGUCAAGAUGACCCUAAUCUUAACCUAAAACCCAUUCACACUGUCAGUAGCUGCAUUUACACUGCAAGCAAAAAUCAUUGAAUUUUCUCACAUUCUAUGUGUUAGUUCGGUAGUUGCAGCAACUACCUGCCCGCUCUUGAACUUCGGUACGAAUCUGUGUUUCUUUCUGUGUGAUCACAUGCAGAGCAGCGACAAGUAGCAUAUGCGCACUAACCACCAAGAAAGUGUAAUGAGCAAUCACCACCAUUUUUCUGGCUUUUUCCAGUAGUGUAAAUGGCAGUCAAAAUAUUGACUAUUGUUCUAAAUGGUGUUUGGGUUGUGUAAACGGGCUUAUUCAGUACUAAGCACACAUGUACAUGCAUCUUUCUUUAAUAGCGAUUUAAAAUGUCCAAGGAUAUUUUCUUUGAAAAGUUUUAUCCCUGAAUAUUGCUUCAGAACAAGAACAAUCAUUUAGAUGUUGCUUUUGAUCUUACAAGCAUUUAUGCUUUCUUAGCAGUCGGGUAAAAUAACCACCACCAUUCUUUCAUUCCCGUAUUUGAUACCUCAUUUGAAUCGAGACUUGAGAAAAUACAAUUGGAAACAUUCAGAAUAAAAUAACAAUAUUUCAUGUGAAAUUGGUGGGAAAAAGUUACAUAAUAUUGUAAAUAUGUCUGUAGAUAUUUUGUAUUAAAAUACUUCUGCAAAAUGA